ACGAUGACGAUUGUUAUAAAGUCUGAGUUUGGUGAUAAGAAUGAAUUGUAUGAAGUUUGUAAGAAUAUUCGUAUAGAAGUGUUUACCAAAGAGCAGGGAUUUGAGGACGAACUGGAUGAAAACGAGCCAACUGCUGAGCAUAUCGUAAUAUUCGUAGAGAAUAAACCAGCUGGCACUAUCAGAUUGGUAGAGAAAUCAGGUAAAGGUAAACUCACUAGAUUGGCUGUAUUGAAGGAAUAUCGGAAUCUAAAACUAGGCGGACAUUUAAUUAAGGCUUUGAUAGAUAAAGCCAAAGAGCGCGGUUACAAAGAAAUACUUUGUCAUUCACAAAUCCCUGUUGUCGGUUUAUACCAAAAAUACGGAUUUGAAGUUUUUGGUGAUGAAUUUGAUGAAGAUGGUGCACCACAUUUACCGCUUGUACUUAAAGUCUAAUUUGAUCAAAA